CGCACGCAUGCGCUCUACCAUGUGAAAGUCCGCCACGAUUGCCACAUCUACCUGGCAGUUACUAUUCGUUCGGGAAAUCAGGGUUAUUCCGGGAAGGGAAAACCAGAAGUAUGGCUCAAGUUCGACACCUUUUGUGGUUCAUUUCCGCCUGCUAUAUUGCAUCAUGUUCGAGUGGCGCUGAUGCCCAGCAUCUGAUCGCUUACAUCUCGCAGCGCGGUCUGCAUGGAGAGAUUACGUUUCGGCAGUUAAAUGCCACCACGGUGGAGAUCAAGGCCAAUCUAGAGGCCACUCUGCAGUAUCCCGACCAGGUUUGGAGUUGGGCUGUUCGCCGGUUCCCCGUGGACUAUUCCAAUACGGAUGCCGAUGAGCGCUGCGAACUGAGUCGCCUGGGUGGCCAGGUCUUGAGUUUCGAUGAAGAUCUGGAGUAUCUGGUGCUGCCGGGCAAUGAGACCUCAACGUGGGAGCGCAACAUGCAGUUGAUCGGGGAUCGGGGGAUCUGGGGCAAGUCCCUGGUGCUCACGGAGGUCAAUUCGAAUGUCCGCAUCUGCGCCACCAUUACCACAAUUCAGAGUUCCGUAGAGCACAUGGCUGAAGCGCGCUUCAAUACUCCCGUCGCUGGAUCUGUUCACUUUCGCUGGCUAGCUCCUGCGGAGGGAGCCAGUGGGGAUACGCUGAUAUACUCAGAUUUGUAUCACAUCAGAGAGCAGCCAGCGCCGCUGGAGGGAAGCGGCAAUGCGGAGGGAUCCUUCACCCAGCAUCACUGGAAAAUCUUCGUGACGGACAUCUUCAAGCACGAUCAUCACCGCACCGAGGACAACUGCAACUUCCUGCAGCUGGUCUUCGAUCCACAAGGAGGUGGUUCUGGUCAGGGAAUUGGUGACCUGGAUGCACGUCUGGGCAGGAUUGGAGUGGCCAAGAAUGCUUUGCGGUCGCCACAGCGCAGUGUUUUUAGAGAUGCUCAGCUAGCGCUGCUGCCCUCGGAUCUUACCAUUCCCCACAGGACUCUGUACUUGGUGCUUUUUGAUAACCAACAUCCGGAUACGUACCUGGCCUGCACCAAAAUCCGUCACGUUCAACCGUUGACGUACAAGACCUUUAUCAACUCGGGAGGUGUCAAGGGAGAAGUCACAUUCACGCAGCGCUCCAAGUUUGAUCCCACCUUUCUCAACUUCACCCUGGGAGCUCCUCUUUCCCAGCAUGUGAGCCGCAAGUUCGCUGAAGAUGUGGCCGCCUUCCGGAUCCACAGCCUGCCGCCGGUGCCGAACCGCAUGGGUCACGACGACUAUUGCUGGACCACCGGGGAGAUGCACAAUCCCCGCGAGGUGACCGAAAACAUUCCGCCUCCGGGUUACGGAACCCAGGAGCAGUAUCCCAUUGGCGAUCUUUCUGGGAAGCUACAGGGUCGCAACAAAGGCUACUGGCACCAGUAUGUCUUGCCCGGAACCAGCUCCGAGCUGAAUGGUCUCUACUGGGAUGUCUUCUUGCCACUUCAAGGUCGGCACAGUAUAGAUCAGAGGAGCCUGGUCAUCUAUACCUUCAACCGCACGGAUGUGAACAAGAUCACCCAGAACAUAUGGGGCUGCUCCAGUCUGGGACAGUAUCAGCGGAAUGGAAUCUAUCAGCAGAACAUGGUCACGGCCCAGGUUCUCUUCCGUUAUCCAGUUGUGGGCCGAGUGAUCUUCAGGCAGGCGGCGGAGCAGCCCUGGCAGGACACCACUGUGCUCUUUGAGUACCUUAUCCAGGCAGAUGGAUCCACGCAGAACACUACCUCCGAUCAUCGUUGGGCCAUCCACAGCAGUGCUCCUGGAAAGGACUUUUACGACUGGCAGCAGAGGUGUCUCUCUGCUGGACCCGUGUACAAUCCCUUCCGCGUGGACUGGGGCAAUCGCAGUGCCGAUGACUUCUGCCAAGCCAACUUACCAGCCAUGUGCCGCAUGGGAGCAAUGGAUGCCAGGCUGGGCACGCUUACGAUCGCCGGAGGCAGACGGGUUGCUCAGAAAAUAAGCAGAAGGAUGUUUGUGGAUGGUAACCUUCCGCUCUCGGGACGUCACAGUAUACUGGGCAAGUCGCUGGUCCUAUACGAGGAUAAUGGCCCCAAGGCACGUGGGGAAAGGCUGGCCUGUUCCGCGGUCAUUGGACACUUUCGCCGGAAGGUGGUGGCCAAGGAGUGGUAUGCCAAUGGAGAUCCUCUGACGGUCAGCGGAAGGGUUGAGAUUACCCAACAGUCGGAAUACGAUAUUAGCAAUGUGGAAGUGCAGUUCAAGGGGCUGCAGGAUAACACGGGCUAUCAUAUACAUAGGACACCUGUAGAGGCCAAUUUGGCUUUUCCCUGUGAGGCUUCCACUCUGUAUGGAGUGUGGAACCCCUUCGAGGUCAGUCCCAAGUCAGCGCCACCUUCCAAGCGGGGCACUACCGAUCAGUACGAGAUGGGUGAUCUGAGUGGCAAGUUCGGGGACCUCAAGGGCGUUACCCACUUUGAGGAUUCCUACAACGACACUCAUCUGCCGCUGUUCGGCUACAACAGCAUCAUAGGACGAUCUGUGAUCAUACAAAAGAGGCAAAAGAAUGCCCGAUGGGCUUGCAGCACUUUGGAGCGUGGCUACAGUCCCAGUGAGGCCAGGGAACUUAGGGCCAUUGCCUCUUUCCAUCAUCCCACGGGCUAUGCCUAUGGCUACAUCAAAAUGACGCAGCUGAUCCACAACGAUGGCAGCCAGUCGGAGACGGUGAUUGAGGUGAAGCUGCGGCAUCCAGGCAAGAAUGAUCGCAACUCUACACAGAACCACAAUUGGCAGAUCUUUGUGAAUCCAGUGGGCGUGGAUGCGGCUGUAAAACCCACCAAUACCAGAUGUGUGGCUGGAGGUUAUGUGUGGAAUCCUUACUAUACUCAGUUGGCAGAUCCACUUAAUCUGGAUCUCUAUGAGCAGGAAUGCGGUCCUGAUAAUCCUCUGCGCUGCUAUGUGGGCGAUGUGGGAGCUCGCUUAGGAACCAUAGAUCUUGGAGGAGAACGUGUGGUCUUCACCGAUUCGAAUUUCCCUCUUGAGUCUCCUGUGGGUGCCAUCGGCCGCUCCAUUGUAAUAUUUGGACCCGAUCACUCCCAUGAACGCUUUGCCUGUGCCAACAUAGAGCCCGAUCACAAUGUCAUCAAGUACAUCAAUCUUCAGAAGCCGCCUCGCUUUGUGGUUGCCCAAUUUCUGGAGGAGCUGCGUUCCGUGAUGGGUAUCCCAGAAUGGAUGUUGGAUGUGGAUGCUCGCAAGACAAAAGAACUGCAUGGCGGUGCCUGCAUUCAAAUGAUCAUUCACUUCAAGGGUCCCUUGGCUCAUCGCCUGGAGCUGGAUAUGUCCCGAUUGGUAGCAGCUGGAAGAUUGGAGUCACCUAGUCUCUUCAUUCCGGGUUAUGUGAACCAAAAGCGCAAGGCGACCAUCUCGUAUCGCACCUGUGGAGUGAGGGAUACCAAUGAGAAGCGCACCAAGAAGUUCAAGGGUGGCUUUUACUCCUCAAGCUUAGCUCCAACUGAACCAAAGCCCUUUGUAUUAGCAAUUGUAGUCAUUGGCCUAGCCCUUAGGUUUUUGUAAAUAGAAGGAAUAUUGAAACUGAAUUGAAAUAUUUUUUAAAAUUAAUCAGUUAAAAGAAUCCCCAUAUUUACUCAUUAUACAAUUAAUACUCAACUUGAUCUAAAAAUGUUAGUCAUUAGUUUAGCAUCUAGAUGUCUGUAAAUUUGAGAAAUUAUUAUUUAAUAAUUUUUGUAAAUAUUUCAUCAAUAUAUUUACUUAUGUAAACUGUAUAGUAAUUAUUAUUGAGAUAUUAGUAUUAAAGAAUAUACCCCUUUAAAAUAUUCAAGUCAAUAUCAUAUUAACGUCUUUUGAAAAGACGUUACCUUAAAAUACAUGGAAAACUGACCUACAAUAUGUUAGCAUUUCCCUAUUUCCCAUACAUAAUCCACCA